AUGCCCAACCCCACUGUCGUCAUUGUGCCAGGCGCCUGGCACCGACCUGCCCAUUUCCAAGGCCUGAUCGAUGAGCUCGCCAAGGCCCACUACGACGCUGUCGGAGUUACUCUCCCCUGCGUUGACUCAAGUCCUCCUCUACCAAGCUGGGAUCAGGAUGCACAAGCUAUCCGCCAAGUGAUUCUCGAAAAGCUGGAUGCCGGCAAGGAUAUCAUCGCGCUCGCUCACUCGUUCGGAGGUAUUUCAAUGUCCGAGGCUGUCAAAGGUCUCGGAAAGAAAGAGCGUGAGGCGCAAGGCCUAAAUGGAGGUGUUAUUAAGCUUAUUUACAUGUGCGCUAUGGCAUUGCCGGAGGGCCAGACCCAUCUCGGCCAGAUGGUGCCUUCUUCACCCGAAGAGGAGGAUAUCGAGCGACAGCGUCAGGAAAUGCAGGCUCAAUUGGGUGGUAUGGAGGUUUCACCGGAUGGAGCAAUUUCCCUCCCUAAGCAGCACAUUCACAUGGUCUUCUAUAACCGCUGCGAGCAGAAAGACAUUGAUCGAGCUGUGUCACUGCUCGGAACAUUCCCCGCGGGUCCAUUGGCUGUUCCUGUCACUUAUACUGCUUACCGGGAAAUUCCAAGCACAUACAUUGUGUGCAACAACGACCGUGCACUGCCCCCGCCAGUGCAGCGCAGAAUGAUCGCCCAAGGCGAGGGGUGCUUCGAUGUGGAAGAGUGCGAUGAAGGUCAUUCUCCAUUCAUGAGCAACCCGACUUUCAUUGUGGAUUGUGUUCGCAGGGCCGCGGGUGAGAAGGUUUAG